CUGCAGCCCCGCGUCCGCCCGCGCCCUCCCGCCCGGCCCCCGGCGCUGCGCCGCCUCCUGCUGUCGCCUCUGCUGCUGUCGCUGCUGCUGUCGCUCGCGUCCCUGCACCUGCCGCCCGGCGCAGACGCCGCCCGUGGCCGCGCCGCUAACCGGACCCUGAGCGCGGGAGCCGUCGGAGGUCGGCGAGCGGGGAGCGCCCUGGCCCGAGGCGACCGCGAGCUCAACAGCACCGCCCGUGGGUCCGGCGUCCCGGAGGCGGGCAGCCGGCGGGGACAGUCCGCAGCGGCGGCGGCGGCGGCGGCCAGCGCGACUGUUACUUACGAGACGUGCUGGGGCUACUACGACGUGAGCGGCCAGUACGACAAGGAGUUCGAGUGCAACAACAGCGAGAGCGGCUACCUGUACUGCUGCGGCACCUGCUACUAUCGCUUCUGCUGUAAGAAGCGCCACGAGAAGCUGGACCAGCGCCAGUGCACCAACUACCAAAGCCCGGUAUGGGUGCAGACGCCCAGCACCAAGGUAGUGUCGCCGGGGCCCGAGAACAAGUACGACCCGGAGAAGGACAAGACCAACUUUACCGUCUACAUCACUUGCGGGGUGAUCGCCUUCGUCAUCGUGGCGGGUGUCUUCGCCAAGGUCUCCUAUGACAAGGCCCACCGCCCUCCGCGAGAGAUGAACAUCCACAGGGCUCUGGCUGACAUCCUAAGACAACAGGGACCAAUCCCCAUAGCACACUGUGAAAGAGAAACCAUCUCGGCCAUCGAUACCUCUCCCAAAGAGAACACACCGGUCCGAUCAACCUCCAAAAACCACUACACCCCUGUGCGCACAGCCAAGCAGACUCCAGGGCAUUAUGGGAAGGAUGCUUACCGAAGUGGAGGACCAGAUCUCCAUAACUUCAUCUCAUCUGGAUUUGUCACAUUAGGAAGAGGACACACGAAGGGUGAUCGUCAGUAUAAUCAUCCUAUAUUAAGCAGCGCUACCCAGACCCCUACACAUGAGAAGCCACGGAUGAAUAACAUCCUGACAUCGGCCACAGAACCCUAUGACCUCUCCUUCUCGCGCUCUUACCAGAACUUAGCCCAUUUGCCUCCAUCAUAUGAAUCUGCAGUGAAGACAAAUCCAAGCAAGUACUCAUCUCUGAAGAGGCUAACGGACAAGGAAGCUGAUGAGUAUUACAUGAGAAGGAGGCACCUGCCAGAUCUUGCAGCCCGUGGUACUCUCCCCCUCAACGUCAUCCAGAUGUCUCAACAGAAGCCUCUUCCUCGAGAACGGCCACGCAGGCCCAUCAGGGCCAUGUCCCAGGACAGGGUCUUGUCUCCACGUCGGGGAUUGCCAGAUGAAUUCGGCAUGCCCUAUGACCGCAUCUUGUCUGAUGAACAGCUGCUCUCCACAGAGCGCCUGCACUCCCAGGACCCGUUGCUGUCCCCAGAGAGGACAGCUUUCCCGGAGCAGUCGCUGUCGCGGGCCAUCUCGCACACGGACGUCUUUGUGUCCACACCAGUGCUGGACCGUUACCGCAUGACCAAGAUGCACUCCCAUCCCAGUGCCUCCAAUAACUCCUAUGCCACCCUGGGCCAGAGCCAGACGGCAGCCAAGCGCCAUGCCUUUGCCUCUCGCAGACAUAACACGGUGGAACAGCUGCACUAUAUCCCGGGCCAUCACACCUGCUACACAGCCAGCAAGACCGAAGUGACCGUGUGACCGGCAGUGUGGCCAGGGCUGCUUGGCAGAGUCAGGGCAGGACAGAGCAGAGUAGGGCAGGGGUGAGGAGCAGAGUAUCCAGUCAGGCUCUCCUCCCCUCCCUGGUUCUCCCCAUUGAAGCUGGAGGUGGGCUGCCUCUGUCCAGAAAGCCAUACCCCCAGGGAGAUGGCGCCAAAUGCCUGGUACAACAAGCACAGACCCAGGCUCUUUAAAGCUCUUUCUCUCCCAGUAGACUCCCCCUGCAGAUGAGAAGUGUGGUGAGGCCCAAAUCUCUCCCUCAGUCCCUGCCCCGCCCCUUCCUGGGGACUCAGCUGCAGGUUCUGCCAGCCAGUGGACCCUCUCCUGAAGGUGAUGUGAAGCUGCCUGAGUUUGAUCAGCCAGCUGGCUAGAGGGUGCAGCGAGUGGGCUAACCAAAUAGGCUACUCGGUCUUCUUCCUUUAUCUACAACUGCACCGCAGAUAUCUCUUAGUGCCUAAAAACUGCCUGCUCGCUCUCAGCCAGAGAGCUGCUGUGUCCAUAAGCACAAUAUGAUUCUCUUCCGCCUGCUGGAACUCUGGUCUAUACCGAGUGGCCCUCCCCUCGCUGAGCCCUGCAGCCCGACGACAGGGAGGAUCCCCUUCCUUCAGCUGCUUGGUUGUCUCUGCCUCUGUGCUGUGAGGGCUGUGCUCUCGCAGCCUUCACUGUUUCUCCUCAAAGCUCUCUGAGGCUUUAGCUUUUGCCCACAGGAGGGGACAUUAGCCCUUGUCCUCCAGAGAGGAGUAGCGACAGGUUGCCAGGACUUUAGAGGUGCCUGGGCAACCGCCUGAUUGUCUCCCGUACUUCCUCCAGGCCUCGGGUCUUAACUAGGACCUCCUCUCAGGCCUGCCUUCUUCACCUGAGCUCUGCUCCCAGGAGGCACCUGCGGUGGGCAGAGAGCUAGGGUGUGGAGGACCACUGUGAUGCCCAGGGUCUCAGGGGCUCACCAUUCUCAUUUUCUAGGGCUCUGCCUGUCCUCCAUUCAUGAGCCUCAGGCAGAAGUUUCCAGACACAGACAGAAGAAGCUUAGCCCUCAAAAGAGCAGGAGCUCUCUGAGGUGGUCAUGCUGGACCCUGCCCAGUCUUUUCCAUCAUCUUUGCCCACCACACCACCACCCCGUUUCUGUUUAGAACCCUUUAUCUCUCCCUCUGUUCUCUCCCAGGCCUAUCUUUCCACCUUGCUGCCUGCAGCCCCAUUACUUUCCUCAGACCAGUGGAUCCAAGGGACCAAGAUCCAUUGGUAGAUGCAAAUAAAUAAUGGUGUCCCAGGAUGCUCUGGGGACUGUUUCAAGCUUUCUUCCUUGCAGGAGUGCUUGGGCAUGUGGCAGAGGCACCUUGAGCUCUGCCAAAGGCUCCAUUGUCAAUCCAUCUCAGCUCCAUCUUUGCCUCCAAUCUGAUGGUGGACAAGAUGUAACCAGCUACUGGGAAUGAGAGCAAUCCUGCUCCCCAAGAUCAGAAGGAGGACGACAACAAGACCCCACACAUCACACACACACACACACACACACACACACACACACACACACACACACACAUACACACACACACACACCCUUCUUAGGGCCAGAGCAUCUCUCUGAGACUGGGGAGAAUCAGCCCCAGAAUGUCUUGUGAAAUGACAUGAGAUAAAACCUCCACUUACCAGACUCCAGCAGCAAUGCCCUUACAUCAGGUUUUAUACCCCACCCCCAGUUCUGCAUGGAUAGCCUUUAAAAAAGUGAGGUGAUGAGAAGCUUGCAUCUGUCCUGGUCAUUUUUA